AUGAAUGAUACAAGUAAUAAUAUGAACUCUGAACUUGGUGAAUCUAGAGGGGGUUAUUAUACUGCAAGAAGAGGAGACGUCAAGAAAUUGACUCAGGUUUUAGGAAACGAGAAAGCUGCACAAGCAGUAAUUUGGAAGAAGAAUACAAGCUCUGCAUACUGUAAUGAGAAUAUGAAAUCUAAUGGGGAGAUGCAGGUAAAAAGUCAGAAAUCAGAUCAUGAGGGGGCAUUUACAUUGAAAACUAUAGCUAAUAAUUUUAUGUCAUUUUUUGGAUAUGGCUCUGAGCAGGAAAGUGGGAAAAGUAAUCCAUCUGAUAUCAAGAUACAAGUUAGAAGGCAACAACAAAAGAAGUCUACUUUAACUAGUAGAAGUUUGGUAAGCGUUGCAGUAGCAACAGAUGUAGAAGAUAACGGGUGUAAGGAUUAUAGAGAUAAUAAUAGAAGAAAGAUUAAGGAUAACUUAUAUUGUAAAUCUUCGCGAGAUAAUAUAUCAUCACAAACAAAUUUCAAUGAUCUUUAUAUUGACAUAGAUAAACAUGUAGAGGUUGUAAAUGAUAGAUUAGAUGAAUUGUCAAAUUUAAAGACAAUUCAACAUUUUGGUAGUAAUGUUAAUUAUAAAAAGGUUUCAUCUAAUAAGCCAAUAGUGGCUCAUAUUAGUGGGAAACCAGUACAUGCAAAAUAUAUCAUUAAUAAAGAUAAUUUAUCAAUGGCUAGAGUUAGUAAUGCUCCAUUAUUUACUCCAUCUCCAACAUUACAAUACAGGAAUAUUGCCCCAACUCCAAUUGUAUAUAAUACCCCAUUAAUAACUCAUAGAGUUGUUCCUCAUAUUUUACCUGAAACUUCGAAUUCUAAAAAAGGUCAUGUAAGGCAAAAAACAAUUUAUUCACAUGAAAAUCUACCAGUUCAAAAAAAUGUGUUUAUUCCAAGUAUACAUCAAAGUCAAUAUAUACAAUCUCAAACACCUCUUGUUACUUAUAGGGGGUUUAAUUACGAUAAACAGUCUUGUUCUAUGGAGGCAUUACCUGUGAUGAAUCAUUCAAAGACAGAAUAUAGUAUACCAUAUAUCGAAACAAAUUCUGAUGGAGAUUUGACUAUAACACAGGGUGAAUUAUCAUCUUUGGGAAAUUCUAAUAAUACAUUAAAAUUAGACAAAAAUCCUGAUGAGAAUUUGAAUUAUCCCGAGGUUAUGAAAUAUAAAGUUUGUAAUUCCUCAGAGAAUAAGAUUAAUCAUGAAAAUUUAAAUAAAACAAUAAAUAAUACAAUACUAACAGCUGGUAAUAAUAAAACUGUUAAUAAUAUUAAGGAUGUAAAGAUAGAUAAGAAUAAUAAGAUAAUAAGAGAUGGGAAGAUAACAUGUAAUGACUCUGGUGAGAUGGGGAUAGUUCAUUUUGAUGCAAGUGGAAAUUUUAGGAUUACUUCUAAUGCCAAAAAAGCUGUAUCUUUAGAAGAGUUUAGUCAUGUUCAGAAUGUAAGAACAAGUAGCUCAUCUAUUAAAGCAGGAAAUACCCAAGAGAAUGGGGACUUAUCCAGUUAUAAAAAUUGCAUAAAAACUACAAUUGAUGAUUUAACAUAUAGAAGUGAUGUUUCAGAGAAAAAGAAAGAUGGUAGUAAGGUAACAAAUAUGUUUAUACCUCAAGCUAGUCCUAUUAUAAAUUGUAGGUCUACACUAGAUUAUUUAGUUACUCCUAUGGUAAGGUACCGUGAUAUAAAUAAUAGUUCAAAAGUAUAUACAAUCCCUCCCCAAUUACAACGUAGUAAUGAAGCUGUAAAUUUGAAUGAGGUUGGUAAUAGUUUAAAUAAUACAAAAUAUAUUAAUAAUUCUAGUCAUUAUAAUACCUUGAAUUCUGAUGUUAAUUCAAGUAUAUAUCAAUUUACUAAUCAGCAUUAUUUUAUGAAUCCUAAUGAAUGUUACGAGGUUGUAUACACUCCAGUAGCUCCUUUAUUGAUAAUACCCCAUUCUGGAAAUAAUAAUCUUUUUUCUUGUGAAAAUAGUAACCCAUGUCAAGUGAUGGGCGAUUUAACUGGUAAUCACUUAAUGAAUUCUGGAGUAGGAUUUGUACCAGAUGAUCUUAGUUUGCAAAAUGAACUUAAUAAAUUAGGUAGCUCAGUAGAAGUAACAAAUCAAGUAUCUUGUGGGAUUUCUAAUAAUGUUAAUAAUGGGCCUCAAUCAAAUAGUAAGACUACAACUUGUACUUCUACAGGUUCAAACAAUGUCCCCAAUUCUUCACUGAAUAAUCAACAAAUACCUGCCAUCAUAUUAACGACAAAUAAUACUUCUCAAAAGGUAGUUGGAUGUAUGAAACCUGAAGGUGUUGUAUAUCGUAAUUUAAAUUGUGUAGUUAAUGGCAUUAAUUCUAAAGCAGCCAAUGUAGGGAAGAAGUCUACUAAAGAUUAUCAAACAAAUAUUGAAUUAGGAACAGGGGGUCAUCAAAAUCGUCAAAAAGUCUAUGUUAGAAGGAUGCAUCAAUAUUUAGCAGAUCCAAGAAAUUUUCCAGUUUUACCAAAAGAAUUGUCAAUAAAUGAUAUAAGAUUUUUAACAAAAAUUUCUAAUAAUAAUCAAAAUGUUAAAAAUAUUAAUAGAAGUUCUAUAGAUGAAACAAAUGUAACUAAAAUAAAAGGGUCAGAGCUAAGACCAGGGAUGGAAUGGGAUAACAUUAAUCGUGGUACUUUUUGUACUGUAUAUAAGGCUGAAUAUAAUAAAGAGAUAGUGGCAGUGAAAUGUCCACAACGUAAACUUCAUAAUGCAGAUCCUUUGAUGUCUCGAUAUCGUUGUUAUAUAGAAUGGAAAUUAUUAGAUCGUUGUAAUUGUCAUCCAAAUAUAUUAAAUUUAAUUGGUGGUAUUCGAUUAGAUGAAUAUGAAAUAUGGCUUGUAACUGAAUAUGUAAAAACUGGUGAUCUAUUUAAAUUAAUCCAUGGUAGUAAUCAAAGAUCUAAAAUACUAAUGGAAAACAGUGAAUAUAAAUUUAAGGUGAUUUAUCAAUUGGCUGAUGCAAUUAGGUUCUUACAUUCAUUAUCACCCAAAAUAGUUCACAAGGAUUUGAAAUCAAAUAAUAUUUUGGUUGAUGAAGAUUUUAAUAUUAGAAUAUGUGAUUUUGGCGAUGCAGAAGAACUACAUUAUAAUACUAUUACUUGCUGUACUGCUGUUACAUGGCAAUAUGCUCCUCCUGAAAUUGUUGGGUGUAGUGAUCCUGCAAGACCUAAUACAAAUGCUAAUGAAAAGGUUGAUGUAUGGAGUAUGGGGUGUAUAUUUUUGGAAAUACUUUGUAAAAGAACUCCACUUCAACAUAUACUAGAUAAUAUACUUGAUACAAGUAAACAUCAUUCUGCAUUAUAUAGAAUUAUACAUUCUAAUAAAAUUGAACAAGAAUUAAAAAUACCUCCAUUACCAGAUAUUUUAUAUAAUUUAAUAACAAUGUGUUUAAGGUCAAAUCCUAAUAUAAGGGCAUCAUCACAAGAAGUAUUUGAUUAUCUUGUAAAUAACAAAGACAAGAUUAAGAAACAACUUAAUUAUUUGAGUCAAUAUAAACUAUAUAACUCAGGAAAUAGUCUUAAGAGUAAUCAAAAUGUUUUGAUUAAGAAUAUCGACAAUAUCCAUAUAACAAAGAGGUCAUCUCGUAGAGACUAUGGCGUUAUUUAG